AUGAAAGUAAUAUAUAUUUAUUUGUUAUUAUUAUUAGUUUGUAAAUUUUUAUUUGUUAAAUCAAGUUGCUCUUUAAAAGUUGGAAAAAUAGAAUGUACAAAAGAAUUAGAAACGUUUUUAUUAUAUAAUGAAACAGUUGUCAAUGUAAAAAUGGAUACAAAUGGAGUAAAAUAUUAUUUUAAUGCACUCGAGUUUCCUUACAAGAAUCUGUUAUGCGAUUUAAAUAUUGAUAUUAAAUUCACACCAGAAAUCCCAUCAUUCCCAAAUAUACCUACAACAGGUGGAGACUUCGGGUUCACCUUCAACUUUCCUUGCGACUAUAGGCGAAGAGUCAAACGAAUAGAAAUAGAAAGAACUAUAUUAUCUCUCAGUUUUGAUACAAGCAAAAAUCAGUUCGUUACUUACUUGAAUCCAGGGUGUGGUCCUUUCAAUAUUAGUAGUAGUGGGAUUCAGAUUUUGAGUACAACUUAUGAAACUGGUGCCAUACCCAAUGUACCAAUUCUCGAUGAUGAUAAAGGUAUUUUAACUAUUCAAGGUAGUAAUCUCUACAAUACAUCAAUUAAAAUUUAUUCAAAUAACAUUCUUAAAGACACCAACCCUAGUGGUGCACUAGAUGCUUCCCAUUCUUCUGUCACAUUCUCCGCUGAAGAAUUUUUAACCCCAAAUAAUUGGACAAUUGAAGUCUCAAUAUGUGGCUCAUUUUAUAAGAGCUAUUCCUUCCCAUAUUUUCCAAAGCUCGAUAAAAUGGAGGGGGUACUUAAUGAUAAUGGUGGUAAUAUGGUAUUUACUGGAAAGCAUUUAAGACCAAAACACAAUGUUACUGGUACUUUUGGUAAUAAAACUAUUGAGUGUCUCACAUCCAAUUCUUCAAAAAGCAUAACAUGUACCAUUCCAAGUCGUAAAAACUAUGGUUUUCUUGGUUAUGAUAUUCCUGUAACAAUUACUAUUGACGGUGAAUAUAAAUCAAAUACAAUUAAAAUAUCUUAUGAUCUUCCAUUGAUUCAAAGUGUUUCACAAAGGGGUAAUUCACAGAUUUUCGAUGUGACCGGUGUGUAUUUUUCUGGUGUUAAGAAUAUGACUGUAAUUACUGGUAAAAACAUGAAAACUGAUAUUAUCCAAAAGAAAACUGCAACAUUGGAAGAACCUGGAUUUUUUAUUGAAAGUAAUUAUACCAUUUUUAUAUUCCUACCAAAUAAUACUCAACCUGGUUUUAUGAACCUUGUUGUUGGUGACGGUGGUAGUGAAACAUUUACAUCUCCAAGAUAUAAUUUCAAGAUCACUCCAACUAUUACUGCUGGCCAAACCUUCAACUCAACUACAAGUGGUAAUGAUUUAGAAAUUAAAGGCAUCUUUAUGAGAACUGUUGAUUCUGAUGGUAGAGAUGUUCCACUAACAGUCAAUAGUGGGUCUGGUGGUCUUGUUUGCAAUCCAUUAAAAGAUGGUGAUGGUUUAUUAUUCACCUGUGUUCUAGGACCUGGUUUCGGUUCAAGCCAUACAAUGAACGUUUACUAUAAUCUUAUACCCAUUGGAUCAUUUACCGUUAGCUACAAUCCUCCAUACCUUGGCACAAGUGAACAAGAAAAAGAUGGGACCAUUAAAAUGAAUGGUAAGGACUUAGGGGAAUCUGUUAAGGAUUCAAUUAUGACCGUUGUUUAUUCUGAUGGUAAUACAGUAAAUGGAACCGUAAUUAAAAGUAGUCAUACUUCUCUUAUAUUUAGGUAUCCUAUAGGCAAUAGAAACACUGCAAGCUAUAUAUUCCAACUUGGUGAUCAAAAGAGUAAUAAGGCAGGUCCAUUCACUUUGAAACCUAUUAUUGAAAACACUGAUCCUGCUGUACCAUGUGGCGGUGGAGUGGUUACUAUCAAUGGUCAUUACUUUUUUAACUAUACCAAAGAUACCACAACUAUUACCAUUGGUAAAGUACCAUGUAAUAUUUCUUCAAUUAGUGAAACAACCAUUGAAUGUGUAAUUGUACCAAAUCUUAGAUCUCUUUCUCCAUACUACACAUCUGGCACUAAACCAUUAGUAAUCAGUAGCUCAAAUCCUGGUACUGAAAAGGUCUACCAAUUGACACCUGCAGGUCUAAACUAUAAGUUUGCACCACCAACCAUUACAAAUACAUCUGCAAUUGAUCAAACCGCUUUAAUUACUAUAUAUGGUACAUCAUUUGGUGAUGCAAAUCUUGAAAUUCUAAUCAAUGAUAAACCAUGUACACAACCUGAAAUUAACAUUCACACCUAUUCUAGUUUAACCUGUAAUGUAACCAACUAUGAUGAAAUGAAAAUAUAUAACUACUCUAAUACUAAAUUCAAUAUUAGUAUCUCUGUUGAUGGUCAGUACUUUAUUGCUGAUAUUUUCCAAUUUAAAUAUGAAUCAGGAAUUAUUUAUAGUGAAAACAAAUCAACAGGAUUUCCAAAUGAGAUGUAUCUCGGUUUUGUUGUUUUUGUAAUAUUUAUAGCAUUAAUUUCAUUUGCCGCUAAAAAUCAGAUUGAAAAAUAUUUUGAAGAGAGAAAAUCCAGAAAAGCAUUUAGAUCACUUGAUAAUUUACGUCUAAAACUUCGUCAGAAACAUGCUACUGAAAUCGCCAAACAUUACACAUUUGGUGAACAAAGUGCUCCAAAGCCAGAUAAAAGUACCUUCUAUGAUAUAAGAAAGAAAUUAUCUAGACUUCCACUCAUCAGACGUUGUUUCAAAGAACAUACUGAUUAA